CUACGUUAGCUGGCUAGUAACAUAACAACACUCCAAAAGCCACAAUGUAGGUGGACGUCUAGCUACGCUAUGCAUUUAGUUAGCUUUAAUACAGUCGAUAACACUGACGUGUUAGAAUUGACUUGGGUCUAGAAUGACAGGGUCCUACAUUGUGUUGUUGAUUGCAGAUUGUCAGGGCGAACAUGAUGAGAACUGGAGGCAUUUUGAAGUUGGCUGCACUGGUUUCUGUCUUUUUACUGGGAGUUUUCCUUGCAUUCGAGCUACUGGAAAUUAAUAUGGACUUCAGUUUGGAGAACAUGUUCGCUAGAUCUGUGCCUGUGGAGGGAGGCUCUACUAAACCGGCCCGCCACAAGUGUGGCCUCUCCAAGUUGUGUCCCGAGGGACACUUCUCCUUUAAGAUGGCCAGUGGAGCAGCCAGUGUUGUAGGUCCGAAGAUCUGCCUGGAGGACAACAUAUUGAUGAGUGGUGUCAAAAACAAUGUGGGAAGAGGAAUGAACUUUGCCCUAGUUAACGGAAAGACAGGGGAGCUUAUCAAGACAGAAUUCUUUGACCUUUGGGCAGGAGAUGUCAAUGAUGUCAUCAAAUUCCUAAAGACAGUUGAGGAAGGGACUGUGGUGAUGGUUGCCACAUUUGAUGAUGCAGCCACCAAGCUGAACGACGAGGCCAAGACAAUGAUAAGUGAACUGGGCAGUUCUAGCAUUGGCUCAUUGGGCUUCCGGGACAACUGGAUUUUUGUGGGAGGCAAAGGAAUCAAGACCAAGAGUCCCUUUGAACAGCACAUUAAGAACAAUGCUGAGACCAACAAGUAUGAGGGCUGGCCAGAGGUGCUGGAGAUGGAAGGCUGCAUACCCCAAAGAAAGGACUGAUCUAUGAACUUCGUCCCUGGAUCAUCUAUCUCCCAUUCCCUUGAUGCCUGACUAUGCACACCAUAAUGGAUUUUACAAUAGACCCUCUUCAUCCAGCGCUUACAUCAACGCCCACGCUUUUAAGUCCAUGAUGUUGAUUGUGCAAGUGCAGACUUUUGGGGAAGUGUGAAGAAAUCAGCACAAAGCCUUUGUCUGUAACUGUCUAUGUUGCCCGUUAACCAUGUUUGACAUAAGGGACUGUCCUGGAAUUGUUUUUGUUUGGGUCAAGGUAUUCUCUAUUUAUAGAAUGAAGGAUUGCAGGGUUGCUGUUUUGUCAAAACACCUGUUUUUGGAUACAAUGCACCAAGAUCACUGUGAAAUUUGUCAAAAGGACAUAAGGAUCAAUCUUUUGAACACGUUUUAAUAAUAUAAACUCUUGAACAUGCAUAGCAACAUUGAGUAAAUGCCCAGUGUUUCCAGAUUUGUAGGAAAUAUGAUCUAUAAUUUCUACUAAAUUGCUUUGUUAAAAAGCAGCUGAGAGGGAAUAGUACACCCAUUAUUUCCCAGAGUAGAAUGUGGAUUGGCCAGCUCAUUCCUCCCUAGAUUGCUGAUUGGAAAGUUCAAACGGCACAGGAGAAUGUCAUCUUCUCAAGGGUUUACCAAUGGUCGUUUUUUUAAGGGCUCUAUAUAUAAAUAUAUGCUUUUUGCUUGAUUAUGUUAAAUGUUUCCGCAAAUUAAGUUGAGUUUUUCAGGUUUCUGUUUUUCACAAUUAAAAUCACACCUUAAGUAGGAAAAACAACAACAUUUCAUUAUUUAAGUACAUAGCAAUUCUUAAACCAAAUCCAGGGACUGCUUGUGUGGUGUAGAUUUCUUUUUUAAAUGUAUGUUCAUGUAAUGCCUUUCUCUAAAAGCACAUUGUUUUUGUUGGCAUAGGCUGAUGCCUAAUAGCUACACAUGGUAGUAGACCCACAGACUGAAGCAUUCUGCUCUUAAGAAUAUUAUGGAUGGAUUCUUGUUUUAUGGUCAACUUUAGUUACAUUAAUAACCCUAACCCUACUUUUAGUAAAUGUCCUAAUAACUUCAAAACGUUUUUGGAUACUGUUAAAUUGCAUGAACAUUUCUGGAUUCUGUGGACAGGUCAAUCAUGAUGUGGUUUAAGAUGUGUGAUUUUCUUUUUUUAAUAAUCAACAGUCAUUUUGUUUUUUGUCUGGGGUUGGUGAGGGGUAGUGUAAAUGACAAUAAUUGUGUAGCUGAAAGCGAGUGAGAAUGGGGAAUAUGUUUUGUAUGUAUCUACAUUUUAUAGACCAUGGGAAUCCUAGGUUUUGAAUGUCAUCCAUAUGUCUAAUAAAAACAAAAUUGAAUAUGUCGAUUUAUAUUGAAGCUGUGAAGAAACUAGCGGAAACAAAUGGACAGACUGUGCUCAGUGUGCUUUAUAUAGUAAGGGAAAACUCACCUCACCCACCACUAAUGUGUAGCAACCUACUGGGUGACGUUAAGUGGGCAGUUUGUGCCCGAACAUUUACCAUAUCAGCUACGCGGGAAAAGUGAUGAAUGAAUACUUCCAGUUUC